UUAAUCUCUGUGUGUAGUACGAAAAAAAAGGCGCGUGCUCGUGUUAUCACUGUCUCGUCUCCUCAGGGGAGGUAAAUAAAAAGGUUUUCCCAAAGCCCCCCAGUGAUGAAGUGUGUUAGGUGGUUGCUCUGUGCAGCAGGACGGAGCUGCGUGACGCUGCUGGUCGCGUCUGGGACCUUUUGGACAUUUGACCGGUGCCUCACACGCUGCCUGCGGUGCAUACGGCCAAUGAUCUCACAAUGUGUUUGAAAGAUGCCGCUGCUUGUCGCGAAUGUUGCGGAAAACUUGUAGAGGACUGUUCGCCUUGCUGCUAUUAGUGUUGGAGUGGACCCGUCCAGGCCUACCGUCCCCACUAAGGCCAAUCUGUGACCUCAGGGUCCUGAACCAUUUCAUUCAGGAAGCACGAGACGCAGAAGUCGCUAUGAAAUCAUGCAGAGAAGGAUGUGGUCUGACAGAGGCUGUCUCUGUUCCCCAAACUACUGUCAACUUUGAUGACUGGGAAAAGAAAAAUGCAAUGGAGCAAGCUCAGGAAGUGCAGACCGGAUUGUGGCUUUUACAACAGGCCCUCAGCUUACUACGGACAUCGAUGACGAACUCAGAACUUAAUAGCCACAUAGACAACGUCAUCAGAAACCUACACAGCAUCACCGCUGUACUACGAAGCCUCAACUUUCAAGAAUAUACCCCACCUGCCAGUACUGUGGGACCGGAGGGAACAUGGCGGGUGUCCACCUCUGCAGAACUGCUUCAAGUUCACCUCAAUUUCCUGCGAGGCAAAGUACGCCUUCUUCUUUUGGAUGCACAGGCUUGUCAGCAAGAGGCCAGCUGAUCAGGAGACAGGCUCACUCCAAGACAAAAGUACUUUGUGUUUCCAAAGGCAAGUGGAGAAACUUGACUGUGUUAACCUGCGCAAUGGCAGCUGGAUGCAGAAUGGGUUGGGUCCUCGACUAUAAGGAGGAAGCUGGAGGGAAAGGACCGUCCCAGCAAGGGUUUGAACGGACUGGAGACGACUGCGCAAUGGAAUGUAAAUGUGUCUCGUGGACGUGUUGAAGCAAACCUUUACCAAAAAGACGCCUUUGGAAAGCGCUGCUCCAAUCGCUGUUCUACAGGCACGCUCUUGCACUUUUUUAGUGGAUGUUAAUGUUGUGUGAGUUGAUACUGAACCUUUUGGUGUGUUUGUCUGUUCAUACUGGAAAAAUAGAGUGAAACACCAUGGAAAUAUUGAUAGGACUGUUAGGUUGCAAAGAAGCGACAUUGGGACUUCACCAACAUGUCUUCAACUGUUAUUUAACUAUGCCUCAGAGAUAUAUUAGUCUUGUCUGUUGGAAUUGGUCAGUAAAUAUUUUUAUUGUGUAGAAACUAUUUAUACAGAUUUUCUAUUUUUAGGCUACUGUCUUUGUGUAACAGGUUCUUACAGGUUUAAACAAGCGCGUUGUCAUGCUCACUUUUUGUACACUGGAAAUUUUGCACAGGUGCAAAAACUUACUCUUGAUUUGCCAUAUAAAGCUGCUCUUCCUUUUUUUUUUUUUUUUUUAAGUUUGUGUCUGAACGUCUGUGUUACACUGCAGGGUUUUCUCUCACAGGCCUGCUGGAGGUAUGCAAAGCUGAUAGUUGUGGAGUGAGAGCCAGAGGUCACUGCAGAGGGUUACAUGGGAACUGUGGGCCGUUAUCUGUGUUUCAGUUUCUCUCUAACCCCAACACUCAUCCUGGCUCCAUACGCUGAUAGCCAGACUGCCUGGAAAAUUUUACAAUUAACAUCCUGUAGAGCUGUAUUUGCAAAUAUUUUUCCAGAAACUGACGCUAACACUUGUUUUUUCCCCUUUCUCUGUCGUAUGUCCUCAAACAUGCAAUCUUCUAACCCUGGGAAUUGUAGGUUUUUCUCUUGAAGGGACGCUCAGCUGUUUCACAAUAAUUAAGUAUUCUUCCUUGUUUAUUUUCCUGUAUUUUUAUACCUUGCUAUGCAAAUGGAAGAUGUUUUUGAGGAUGCAUGUCUAUUUUCUUUCCUGUUUUUUUGUAUUGUUUUGUCCCAUCGCUGCAAAAUCCACUAUUUAAAUGCAAAAUAUUGUUGUUGGAUAAAGAGAGGGCAGAUGAAAAUACGACAACAGGAAGUCUGUUUAUUUAUCUGUUAGUAGGAGGCCUGCUGCUAAAACCCAAACACCUUACAUUGCACACACCGAGUUCAUGAUGCUUCCGCCUUGAGAAUUGGACCUCUUACAUAUAUCCUGUAUA